AGUCUGCCGCGAAGUGCUCGAUGACUAAACGUGGUGUUGAAAUGGUGUUGUAACUGGUGACGUAUUUGUGACGUCAGAGUGAUGUCAUGGCGGGAGGAUCCACUCAUUUGCCUCCUUGAAUAACAACCUGAAGGAACUACUCCACGGCGGGUGAUGAGCUCCCCAGCCUCCUGUGGGAAGUAGCGGACGUGAAGCUUCUCAUUCCGGCCCCUGGGGUGGUCGGUGUCACUCGGGGCAAGGAAAAGGAUACGUUGCCUCACUGUAAAGAGGUCAGGACCGGUGAGAGUUGCUGUCAUUACCGUUGAGCGCAGGUGUUUGGUCCCGCACAGGUGAGAAACACAUUCCUCUCCCCCCGUCCCCGUCCCGUGUUGCCAAAGGUGCUUCAUUUCAUGCCAUCAUCUCGCUUCACGUCGCCGCCGUGUGUGUUUCCCUUCUGAAGGACGGACAGGCUUUGUGGCCAAGCACGGCUGAGGGGGGAAGAGUGGUUAGCGUGGCCGGCGGAGCGUAGAGUGUACUGCUCCCAGCCCCCACCCGCAGCCGUAUUGUUGGAACGUCUUGUGGCCGCGGGCUGCUGUGGGGUGGGGUGAGCCUGGGGCCAGCCAGUAUAGAGUUGGCCAGUGUUGUGCACGGAGCCCCUGCACCCACCGCCCCCGCCCUCCCUCGCCGUGAGGGUGCAGGUGUCCGAGUGUGUGUGCGCGAGGUAACUGCUACGAACCUCGGCGUGUGUGCGUGUGUGUGUGUGUGCGUCAGUGAGUGGGCAGAGUCCCGGGACGGGGCAGAGUGGGGUCCCUGGGCGGAGGAGAAGGAGUGUUGUGGGCGGGGAGAGAGAGAGGGAGGGCCGGGCAGUGUAGGCCGCGGGAUCCCGGCAGCAGUCAGUUACGCCCGCGAGUCAGACGGUGUGUGUUGGGUGCGGUGGUGUGUCGGCCCCGCUGCCCGCGUAGUUAGUUAGUUCAGUGUAGCUAGUGACUGCCUCCCGUACCCUGCCCCGCUGCUGGCUGAGGUGUCCUUGCCAGCUGCACCAUGUCGACGCACCAUUACUAUCAGGAGCGCCUGGGCCUCGACCCUACCGAGGCCCGGGCCAAUGGUACCCGCGACGGCAAGAACACAGGCGCGGACUUCAAGACGUUUGGUGGAUAUGAGGAGUCCCUCAGCAAGUUCAAAGGUAUAGUCUACACACUCAACAUCUACCAAUUGAUAGAUGAGCGUGACGCCAUACAGAAGAAGACCUUCACGAAAUGGGUGAACAAGCACUUGAAAAAGCACUGGGGAUAUGGCGAGCAGUACACCUGCAUCACCGUGUGCGGGAACUGGAGCGAGGAGGCCGCCUUCUCGCCCGUCGCGGGGAAACAGGUGCGGGACCUGUUCGAGGACCUGCGGGAUGGCCACAACCUCAUCUCCCUGCUGGAGGUGUUGUCAGGCGAGCACCUGCCCAGGGAGCGAGGCCGCCUGCGCUUCCACAUGCUGCAGAACGUCCAACUUACCCUCGAUUUCCUUAGAUACCGCAAGAUCAAGCUGGUGAACAUCCGCUGUGAGGACAUCGUGGACGGCAACCCAAAACUGACCCUCGGUUUGAUAUGGACCAUCAUCCUCCACUUCCAGAUCUCGGACAUCAUGGCUGGACAGACUGAGAACCUGACGGCCAAGGAGGCUCUGCUGCGCUGGGCCCGCAAAACCACCCACAAAUACCCCGGCGUGGAGGUUAAGAACUUCACCACCUCCUGGCGGGACGGACUCAGCUUCGUGGCCAUCAUCCAUAGGAACAGUGAGGUCAUCCAAGGCAGAAGCGCCUCGCGGAGUGUAGCCUCGGAGCCUGGCGGACCAGAACCGCGGGGUCCUGGUCCUGGGAAUGCCAAACCUGCGCUACCUGACCUCAUGGACUGGAGGAACCUGCGCCAGAGGACUCCCCGUGAGCGCCUGGAGACUGCCUUCCACGUCAUGGAGCGCGAGUACGGCGUGACCCGACUUCUCGACCCUGAAGAUGUUGAUACCCCGGAACCAGACGAGAAGUCACUCAUCACGUACGUCUCUCAGCUCUAUGAGAUCUUCCCAGAGCCGCCCAGCAUCCACCCGCUCUUCAACAUCGAGGCGCAGCGCAAACUGGAGGAGUACCGUGAAAUGGCGACCACGCUGCUGUAUUGGAUCCGCGAGCACAUUUCCAUCAUGAAAGACCGACACUUCCCCACCAACACUGUCGAACUCAAGAGGAUGGCCCACGAAAGCACCAGAUUCCGUCAAGAGGAAGUUCCACCCAGACUGCGUGACAAGAACAGCUGUCAGCGUCUGUACCGAGACAUACAGAAGCUUCUGGAUGGCACAGGCUUCCUGGAGGAGGAGCUGGCCCCGGAGCUCCACUACAACAAUGUGGACUCUGAGUGGAACAAGCUCAUGUCCCUCUACCAGGAGAGGGACGACGCCCUUCACGACUCUCUCUCCGGUGCUGACAGACUUCAGCGACUGGCGGAGAAAGUUCACCGAGAGAUCAAGCAGACGGAGAUCACCCUGGAGGAAGUCGAAGUCCGCAUUGAGGACGAGGCGAGGCGAGUGGAGCGUCUGCAUCCCAUGGACGCCAAACGUAACUGUGACGCCCUGGAUGGGGAGCUGGCGCAGUGUGAGGACACCAUCAAGACACUGCACUCAGAUGUCAAGGUGCUGCGGGAGGGCAAGUACCACGAGGCCCCGACGCUCCAUAAGAGGGUUGUGAAGUUGGAGGAGCGCUACGUGAGUGUGAGGACGCUCUUCGAAAACCGGCUGCUCAUCGUGCUCAACAACCGGUCCUUCACGCAGCAGGAGUCCUACACCACCACCAAGAGGAUCGUGGUGUCGGAGUCCCGCCUGGUGGAGACCAACGAACACUUCCGCUUCCUGCAGGAGUGCAUCAACUGGUGCAAAGAUAAACUGAAAAAGCUAAACGACAGCGAAUACGGCAACGACUUGGCGGCGGUAGAGAAGGAGUAUGACACCCACCAGAAGGAGCACAAGAUAAUCCAUCAGUUCCAUACCAACGUGGACCAGUGUGCCGCCGCCGAGAAUAACUUCAGCGGAGAGGAGCACACAGUCUACAUCAACCUCUUGUCGCAGCUGCGCAAGACUUAUGCUGAGCUGUUGUCUCUGAGCAACAAACGCGUCUCGGACCUGCACAGCCUGCUUGACUUCCUGCAGGCUGCUACGCAGGAACUUAUUUGGCUCAACGAGAAGGAAGAACAGGAGCUGAACAGAGACUGGGCCAACAAGAGCCUUAAUAUUACCGACGUUGAGCGCUAUUACGAGAAGCUGAUGGGCGACCUGGAGAAGCGAGAGGUGCAAUUCAGCGCCGUGCAAGACCGCGGGAACAGUCUGGUGAUCGGCCACCACCCCGCCAGCAAGACCGUGGAGGCGUACCUGGCCGCCAUGCAGACCCAGUGGCAGUGGCUGCUGGAGCUGACGCUGUGCCUGGAGACCCACCUGCAGCACGCCUCACAUUACCACACCUUCUUCACCGACAUUGCCAACGCAGAGCAGUGGAUCAUGGCUCAUGAUGAGAAGCUGAACACAACCUUCUCCGUGACGGACUUCGGGCUGGAUGACGGCGAACAGCUGCUGCGCGAGAUGCAGGACAUGCGGGAGUCGCUGGCCCAAUUCAACACCACCGUGGACGAGCUCAUCAACAGAUCCAAGUCGGUGGUGCCCCUCAAGCAGCGCCGCCAGACGCUGCGCCAACCCACCGCUGUCACCGCCAUUUGUAAUUACAAAAAGAUGGAUAUGAGCAUCAACAAGGGCGAGCGUUGCACCGUGCACGACAACAGCAACAGAGUGAAGUGGAACGUGGUGACCAGCUCGGGCGCCAGGGGCAUGGUGCCCGGCGUGUGCUUCACCAUCCCGCCCCCGAACCAAGAGGCCAUCGACGCCGCCGAGAAGCUGAAACGCCAAUAUGAGCGCUGCAUCGCACUGUGGCAGAAGAAACAGCUGCGCAUGCGCCAGAACAUGAUUUUCGCAACCAUCAAGGUUGUGAAGAGCUGGGAUCUUGCUCAGUUCAUCGCCAUGGGAGCCGAUCAGCGCAACGCCAUCAGGAGGGCACUCAACGAGGACGCCGAGAAGCUGCUGCAGGAGGGCGACCCCAAUGACCCACAGCUGCGCCGCCUCAAGCGGGAGAUCGAUGAGGUCAACCGACUCUUUGACGAGUUCGAGCGUCGCGCCUCCGAGCCCAAGCCUGGAGCAGUGUUGGUGGAGCAAUGCAACAGUCUUAAGGAGUAUCUGGACUUGAUGGAGAAGAUGCUGAUCCAAAGGUGCCUUGCUGGUAUCCCGCGAGACCUCGAUCUGCUGGAGCAGCUCGUUAUCGAGCACAAGCAGUUUGAAAAUGACCUCUCGUCGCGGGAGCUGGAAGUUGAAAGUAUACAGAAGAACUACCAGAAUCUGUCGCGCCGCACGCCCGCCAUCCAGCGCACAGUGGAGUCCAUCACACAGCAGUGGGACCGCAUCUGGGCACUGUCCCACGUGUACAUUGAAAGGAUGAAGUGCGUGGAGAUGGUGGUGACGGGCAUCGAGGAGGGCACGCAGGUGGUUUCCGAGAUCGAGCUGAAGCUGGCCGAGCACCAGGACCUGCCCGAUGACCUGGACGACCUCGAGAAGGAACACCAGGAGCUGCUCCUCAUUCAGCAGACCAUCCACGACCACCAGGCGCUGAUCGACAGGCUGCUGGAAGAGUGCCGCAACGUGCGCACUCUCGUAGUCAAGUCUCGCCCCAGCCAGAAGAUCCAUCCCGACGUGGACAAGCUGGAGGAGGACGUGAGGAAGCUCCGCAUCCGCUGGGAGAACAUGUGCUCACAGAUCAUUGAGAGAUUAAGAAGCUGCGAGGCUGCUUGCGAGCUUCUUACCAAAUACCACAAUGGCCAUAACGUUGAGAAGAGGGAGAUCAACCACCUGGAGGACGGCCUGCGCAUGCAGAAGAUCGAGGACCUUGGUCCCUCCGAGGCCGAGCUUGAACUAGAGCGGCUGAGGAGUAUGUACAUGAAAAUUAUAGAGAAGAAAACAAGCAUUGAACAUGUAAAUAUCCUUGGCGGCCGAUUCAUACGGGAAGCCAAGAUCUAUGACUUGCGCCUGUCCCAGUACAAGGCCAGUCUAGAAGAGGUGCACCCCAGCCUGGACGCGAGCCUGAGCAAGAGGCCUCGCAUCCAGAGUGGGGGUGACAAUGUCAUUCAGCAGCUGGACAAACUCAACACUCAGUACCAAUUCGUCGCUGAUGAAACUUACGACCGCAUCGCCAAGAUCUACAACCGCUUCCAGCACGAAAAGAACUUUAAUUUCCAGCUCGAAGACUUGUCUCCCGUAAGCCUUGAGAAAACCUUCCGCACUGAGCUCAACCUUCCCGAGUCCAACCAUGACUACUCCGCCCCCGUCAUCCUUGAGGAUGAUGCUAAUGAAUUCCGAGCCAAAUCUGAGGCCCACGUCACAGUCACCAGUGAUCUGCUGCCCACACAGCGUAGGACCUCUGCCUCACAGCUCUUGGACACAGGUAGUGUUGUGGAUGGGAGUGUGACCACCACAACCACUCUGGGGGGCUCCUCCCUUCAGGUCACCACUACCACCUCUACCCGACGCCAAACCCCUGCCAUUGCUGCAUCAGGGGCUGCAGAGGCUCACAUUGUGCAUCCUGUCUCAGGUGAAACACUAACACUGCACGAGGCCAUGGUAGGGGAGCUGGUGGACCUUACAUCUGGUACUCUCACUCACCCCACCACAGGAGAGAAAAUGCCUCUCUCUGUGGCUGCUGAGCGUGGUUACCUCAAUCCCACUCUGCUGCAUCACCUUGAGACACCAUGUGGUAUUAUCGACCCAGCCACAGGCAAGGAGCUGACCUUGUUACAGGCAACCAAGAAGGGCCUGUACAGUCCUGAGGAGGGCUCCUUCAAGGACCCCACCACAGGCCAGCUGCUUUCACCUGAGAAGGCGGCUAAGCUUGGGUUCAUCAUCUUGGAAAAGGUAAGCUUUUUCACCCAGCUUUGUGUGCCAGUGGUCGCCUCACUCACUCUUUACGAUGCCAUAGUUGAGGGCCAUGUUAAUGUACGCACAGGAGAAUUCACCAUUCCUGCUUCGGGAGAAAAGAUUCCACUGACUCAAGCGUUUGCCAAGGGCUUCAUAUCUGCAGAACCAGCACCAGUAGCAACAAGUGGAAUAUCUCUCUCAGAAGCAGUCAAUCAGGGCUUCAUAGAUGAUUAUUCAGGUCAAGCGGUAGACAGAAAUUCUGGCAACAAGUAUACUUUAGAUGAGGCAAUACAAAAAGGAUUGUUAGCCCCUCAUAUUCGUGAAGUUGUGAACUCAGACACAGGAUGUAAAUUGACAGUAGCUGAAGCAAUUCAAGAAGGUGUGUUAGAUGUGACAGCAGGACGCUACAUAAAUAAUGUGACAGAUAAAAAGUUGAAGUUUUCUGAAGCUGUACAACAACAGCUGAUAUGCCGCCCAUUCACACUGAAGGACUGCAGUGACCUGAAGCUUUUAGAUAAUAAAGGGGAAAUCCAGGACCCACAGAUAAGGGAUUACAUCCCACUCCUAGAAGCUGUGGGGAAAGGCAUUGUUGAUGUAGAAUUGAAAUCAGUUAAAGACACAGCUAGUAAAACACUACUCACGCUGCCAGAGGCCUUCAUGUUCUCUGUACUGCUGCCAGAAGGAAAGUAUCGUGACACAGAGAGUGGCGAGGUGAUGAGCCUCCUGGAGGCUGUCAACAAAGGCCUUAUUACAUCAGUGUCCACCAAGACUAUAUUUGAUAUUGAUGGCAUCAAGGAUCCAGAAUCUGGCGAUUACAUUAGCUUUAAGAUGGCACUGCACAAGGGAAUUAUUGAUCCUCAGACUGGCAUGUUUACUGAUCCACGAACAGGAACCACCAUGACCCUAGAAGAGGCAGUUGAAGCUAAGCGUAUCCAACCACAAAUCCUAGAAACUCUGAAAAUGAAUAUUGGGCUUGUUGAUUCUAAUGGAAAAGAAAUGAAUGUGGUUGAAGCUGUUCUCAGUGGGCGCCUUGACCCUAACACAGGUCAAGUAUUGGAUCCUAAAACAGGCAAUGCUGUGGCCCUGGAGGAUGCUGUGAGGAAGAAGAUAAUUACCCCAGAGGGUGCUGCCACUCUGCGAGGGCUACUUAGUGUUACUGUAACUACUGCUACUAUUACCAAGACCAUCAAAAGGUAUGUGACUGUCAAGAGCACAGGAGUUCUCACCACAGAGUCAAAGGUUACACUGCAGGAGGCUCAGCACAGAGGCCUCAUCAAUGAAGCCCAGGGAACAUUCCAGGACCCUGAGAGUGGAGCAACUGUGCCGCUGGAUGAGGCCAUUGAGCGUGGACUCGUUACUUUGACAACCGAGUGGCCAACCUCCCUCCCAACAGAACAGGUUGCCUCACCUGAGUCACCCACCAGAGAAAAAACAAAAAGACAUCUUUCUCCUGACAAACCUCACAGCCCAAUAAAGGCUGCAAGGACAAGCAUGUCCCCAGAAAAGGAGCAGCCUCUCAAAAUGUCCCCCACCAAAUCUCCUGAGAGACCCUCCAGGAGAGGAAGUUCUGAAAAGGAGACUCUUGAAGGAAGAACCUCACCAGAAAAGAGACAGUCAUCCCCACCUAAAGCACCAGACCGAAGAAGCUCACCUACAAAAGCAAGCCGUCCAACUUCACCAUCCAAGUCGGUCAAGUCAUCCCCUGUGAAAGAAUCACCUGAACCUGAAGUGAUGGACACAAAGCCCAUCAGCACCAGGCCAGACAUGCUCUUUGAGGUACAGAAUGGCUCCAAGGAAAGUUCACCUGUCAAGUCUUUCCCAGAGUCUCCUUCCAAGUCUCCCAGCUCCAGACAAAUGUCACCAUUCACCCUGUCUAGAGAAACCUCUCCAGUCAAGUCAUUUGGCUCAAGGCCAGACUCUCCCAUGAAAUCUAGUGGCAUAGGACCAGAAUCUCCAUUGAAAACUGAUGAAUCUAUGCCCACCUCACCAGAUAAAGGCCUAAUCAAGGAUCAGGUUUUGUCCCCAGAAAGGCCUCCAAGGAAAGGAAAGAGUACUCUCAAGUCACCUGCUGACUCUGUUGACAGUGCCAUGGGUAUUGUGGAUGAUUUGGACAUGACUUCAUCAGGAGCAUCCCUUACAGGCUCCACGAGUGCCUUCACUGACAGUUACUCAAUCAAAACUAGGACCCUUGAAUUGCCACCAGAUGGCUGGUAUCUCAAGGAAGCCAUAGAGGAAAAGUUAUAUGAUCCUGUCAUGGGUUUGUUUACUAUACCAGGUACAGACCGACUGGUCAGCUUUGAGGAGUGUGUCAAGAUAGGAAUAAUUGAUCAGUGCUCAGCUGAGGCCAUUGACCCAAAAAAUGGGCGAAAAAUCUCUCUCAUGAGAGCUAUCGAAAAGGGAGUUUUAGACUGCACAGGCAAAUACCCUGAUGAAAGUAAUACUGAAAGGAGGCUCACUAUGAAAGAAGCAAUUACUAAAAAAUUUGUCAUUCUAAAAGAUCGAACUGAAGUAACAGAGCAGCCUUCUGGACGUGUCAUCCAGAUCACUAGUGUGGAGGGUCAGCCUGACAAGGUUCAAGUGUUUGAUGGAGAGGGAGAAGUGACCACCAGUGUCACCGAGAUCAAAACAAAUGAACCAGCAGUAGAUGACACAUACGUUGAGAUCAAACCAGGAAUGACUUUCCAUCCUACUGAAGGAAACAUACACAUGGAAGAUGGCUCAAUUGUGGAUGUUGUCACCGCAGUGAAGGAGGGGAAGAUCCAACCCACAGGAGUCAAAGUUAGGGAUCCCUACUCUGGCCGUGAUCUGAACAUAAGCGAGGCGAUGAGGAAAGGGAUUAUUGACAAAGAUUCUGGCGAGUACAAAGAUAAGACUGGACGCAAGUUGUCGCUGACAGAUGCUGCCAAGUAUGGCAUCCUGGGAGUGGCAGCAGUGGUUGGUGCACCUGUGAUUGCAGGAGUGGCUGCAGCACAAGCAGUCAAGAAGGGGAUCAAGAAAAUAAGAAAGGUUGACCCCAAGACAGGUGCAGAGAUAGUCAUUGAGGAGAGUGUAGAAAUAAUUUCUGAAAGUCCUCCAGAAGAGGAGUCUGCUGCUCCCGUUGUGGGGAGACUUUCCCGCACCACCAUCAAGUCCACUACUGUCGUGGAGACUGAUGUCAUCCUACAAGACCCUGUUACUGGAGAGGAAAUGUCACCCGAGGAGGCCAUAUCUCGGGGACUGAUAUCUCCUGAUGAAUUAGAAGAAAUAAGAGAUUCUGCACAUGGGAAAAUCCAGGAAGUCCAAGAAAUAUCCGAUGGAAAGUUUAAAAUACAAGAGGAAAAAGAAUUCAAAAUUAUUACCUUAGAUGAAAGUAAAACAGAAGCAAAGAAAGCAGUUGAGGGCAUUGCAGUUAAAAGUAUUGAAGACAAGAGGUCCCCAUCAAGCCCAGAGAAGCUGUCCAAAGAGGCAUCACCAGAGAGAAAAAAAUCCCCUGUCAAGUCUGAUGCAGAAAUGGAAGAAGUAUCUGAAGACAGAAUUUCUCCAGCAAAGGAUGAACCAGUGUCAGAUGUUGAAGAUGCAGCAAAACCAAGACACUCUCCAGUGAAGAGUGAGCCAUCACCAAGAGUCUCCCCUGUGAAGGAUGAACCAUCACCAAGAGCCUCUCCAGUGAAGGGUGAACCAUCACCAAGAGUCUCUCCAGUAAAGGAGGAGCCAUCAAUAAAGAGUGAGCCAUCACCAAGAACCUCUCCAGUGAAGGAAGAGCCAUCACCAAGAGGCUCCCCAGUGAAGGAAGAGCCAUCACCAAGAGGCUCCCCAGUGAAGGAAGAGCCAUCACCAAGAGGCUCCCCAGUGAAGGAAGAGCCAUCACCAAGAAUCUCUCCUGUGAAGGGUGAGCCAUCACCAAGAGUUUCUCCAGUGAAGGGUGAGCCAUCACCAAGAGUCUCUCCAGUCAAAGAGGAGCCAUCACCAAGAGUCUCUCCAGUCAAAGAGGAGCCAUCACCAAGAGUCUCUCCAGUCAAAGAGGAGCCAUCACCAAGAGUCUCUCCAGUGAAGGGUGAGCCAUCACCAAGAGCCUCUCUAGUGAAGGAUGAGCCAUCACCAAGAGUCUCCCCAGUAAAGGAGGAGCCAUCACCAAGAGCCUCUCCAGUGAAGGGUGAGCCAUCACCAAGAGUCUCUCCAGUCAAAGAGGAGCCAUCACCAAGAGCCUCUCCAGUGAAGGGUGAGCCAUCACCAAGAGCCUCUCCAGUGAAGGGUGAGCCAUCACCAAGAGUUUCUCCAGUAAAGGAGGAGCCAUCACCAAGAGCCUCUCCAGUGAAGGGUGAGCCAUCACCAAGAGCUUCUCCAGUAAAGGAUGAACCAUCACCAAGAGUCUCCCCAGUAAAGGAGGAGCUAUCGCCAAGAGUCUCCCCAGUAAAGGAUGAGCCAUCACCGAGAGCUUCUCCAGUGAAGGGUGAGCCAUCACCAAGAGUAUCCCCAGUAAAGGAUGAGCCAUCACCAAGUGUGUGUCCAGUGAAGGGUGAGCCAUCACCAAGUGUCUCUCCAUUGAAGGAGCCAUCACCAAGAGUCUCUCCAGUGAAGGAGCCAUCACCAGGAGUCUCACCAGUAAAGGAGGAGCCAUCACCAAGAGCUUCUCCAGUGAAGGGUGAGCCAUCACCAAGCGUCUCUCCAGUCAAAGAGGAGCCAUCACCAAGAGCCUCCCCAGUAAAGGGUGAGCCAUCACCAAGAGUCUCUCCAGUAAAGGAUGAACCAUCAAUAAAGGGUGAGCCAUCACCAAGAGUCUCUCCAGUAAAGGAUGAACCAUCAAUAAAGGGUGAGCCAUCACCAAGAGUCUCGCCAGUGAAGGAUGAGCCAUCACCAAGAGUCUCUCCAGUAAAGGAUGAGCCAUCAAUAAAGGGUGAGCCAUCACCAAAAGCCUCCCCAGUAAAGGAUGAGCCAUUGUCAGAAGGAGACGAUGUGUCAAGGUCCAGCAUCUCUCCAGUGAAAGGUGAACCAUCACCAGAAGUGUCUCCAGUAAAGGCUGAGCCAUCACCAGAAGUGGAUGUUAUGUCAAGACCUGGAGCUUCACCGGUAAAGGACAGGUCCCCAACACAAGCCGUGGAAGAAAAAUCAGUCACUCCUACCAGCGCAGGGGAAAGUCCAGACGAACCACAAACAGAGAGAAAAAUGUCUCUUGGGGAAAGGACCAGAGAACGUGUAACAACUGAACCUAAAUUCAGUGUUGCAAUUGGACGUGCCAAGUCUAUGCCAAGCCCAAGUCAUGAAGGAAAGCCUGUUGUGCUGCAAAAAGUGCGCAGGAAGUCCAUGAAGCCUAAGCAGGCCGCAUCAAAGGGAGUCGUUGAUGAGGAAACUGCCUCCUUGUUAGAGGAUCUCAGCACUCUUCGUGGACAUGGUGGGGAACCUUUGUCCCUGGAAGAAGCUUUAAGGCUGAAAAAAGUCGAUGGUGAUAGUGGAGCCAUUGUUGAUGUUGCCUGUGGGGAACCUCUUACCAUCAAUGAGGCUGUUGAGAGUGGCAUCCUUGAUAGUUCAACAGGAAGUGUUCUUGUACCUAUUGGAAGGAGUGUUAGUGUACCAGAGGCAGUGUCCCAGGGUCUGUUUGACAAGACUGCUCAGCGAUUUAUUCAUCCUGAAACAGGUGACUUAUUAACAUUGCAUGAGGCUGUUCUUUGUGAUGUGAUUGAUCCUGUGUCCCAGAUUGUGGAUCCAGAUUCAAAUGAAGUAAUAACCUUAGAUGAAGCCAUAAGGAGAGGACUAAUAGAUUCAGAGUCUGGUCAGAUCAUCACAAAACGUGGGCCUGUGUCUAUACUAGAGGCCAUUGAUUCAGAUGUGUUUGUGACAACAGCUGUAGCAAGGGUAGAUUGGCUUCCUCCUCUUGGCAUGACAUUUCCCGUUGCCCUGGAGAGAGGACUUGUUGAUGCUGACACGAAAGAAGUAAUCCACCCAGUAACAAGUGACCGUCAACUCUUGAAAAAUGCCAUCGAAAAUAACUUCAUUCUUGCCCUGCCUUGUCCAAUUUUGCCAGACAGUGUGCAGGUUACCCAGGCUCUAGAGUGUAAACUGAUCAACACAGAUUCAUGCACCUUCACUGUUCCCAGUACUGGAGAAGAAAUUCCAGUUGAGAAGGCUGUUGAGAGUGGCAUGCUCCAGAUUAAGCCCAUGACCACUGUUGUUGGUGAUGAGAAGGAGGAAAGAAUGAUCAUUACUGAAACGGUUACAUCUUAUGAAACCAUUAUUACAAAGACUGUCCAAGUCAAGGCAGGACAUGUGAUGGUGAGCCAAACAGAGGUGAAGAACACCACCACAGGAGAAAUCCUACCUAUAGAGGAAGCUAAAAAGAAAGGCAUUGUUGUUGAAAUAGAAGAGGAAGAGGUGAUUAAAGAAAAACCAACUUUCCGGGAAGCAGUAGAGCAGGGGCAAGUUGACUUUGCAAGUGGCACAUACAAGGAUCCAAAGACUAAAAAGGAAGUGCCCAUUGCUGAAGCCAUCCAACAAGGUCUUGUUCAGCCCAUGGACCCCACACCAUCCAAGGAGGUGACUAGCAAGAUCAACAUUAUGGAGGCCUUUUCAACUAUUUACCAUGAGAAGUCUGGCAAGUUCAAAGACCCUACUUCAGGGAAUCUCCUGACCCUUGAUGAAGCAGUGGAAAAGGGUGUGAUUGACCCUGAUGCCAUGGUCUAUGACACCAAGAGGGGCGAUGCCCUUACCACAAAGGAAGCCGUCGAAAAAGGUGUCAUUGAUGUUGAAGCUGGCGACUUUAUUGAUCCCAAAUCAGGUAGUAAAAUUAAGGUGAAGGAUGCUGUCAAGAUGGGCCUUCUGGCUGUCAUUGGAGCUCCUGUUCUUGCAGGAAUGGCAGUAAAGGAAGUCAUUAAAGGUGCUUGUGAUAAAGCAAAGAAAACUUCAUCCCCCAGUAGGACCACCACAGUGAUUACAGAGAUAGUGGAGGAAUACAUGCCUGCCAGAACAGCAGAAGAUAUGCUUAACCGGCCAUCAAUACGGCCAGAGGACCAAAGAUGUUUCCCAGUCAUCAAAAUAGGACAGAAAAUGACCCUCAGAAGAGCCAUGGAGGAAGGUUACAUUGAUGUUGAUCUGUGUAUUGUUGUGGUUCCGUCCAAUGGAUCGAGGCAACUUUUGCGACGUGCAGUGGUGGAAGGCUCCAUCACAUUCACCACUGUGAUAGAAAUACGCACUAGAACAGAAAUAUGGAUUGUAGAGGAGAUCACCAUAAUUACAGAGGUUGUCAGGUCCUUAGAUCCAGCAAUAAUGACUGAGAAGGGAGAGUUUGAUCCAAAAGGAGGCAAAUUCAUUGACCCAGAAACAAAGAAGUCCAUAACCUUUAAAGAGGCACUGGAGAAAUGCUCACUAAGCCCAGAUCACACAGUGGUUACUGACUCAACAAGUGGAAAAGAAAUAACCUUGACAGAAGCUAUCAAAGAAGGCAUUGUAGAUCCCACUACAGGUGAAAUAAAGGACCCACAAACAGGAAGUGCUGUACCAUUUUUCGAGGCAGUCAAGAAGGAUCUGGUGAAAGCAGAUGACAAAAAAGAGCAUAAGAAAGAACAAGAAAAGCCAGAUACUACUUCAUUAACUAUCAGUGAAGCCAUUAGUAGUGGCAUUCUAAAGCCAGAGACUGGGAUGCUCACAAACCCCACCACUGGAGAGAGCAUGGUCCUAGGACAGGCUAUCCAGAGCGGUCUGAUUGACCCCACCUCCAUCCAGAUUAUAGACCCCAGGAGUGAAGACACCGUGUCCCUCAAAGAGGCAGUGGAAACUGGGCUCAUUGAUGUAGAUUCUGCUACAUUCACUGAUCCUGAAACUGGUUGUGAAGUGGAAUUUACAACUGCACUUAUGAAAGGAAUUUUAGUACCAAAGAGGAAGCCCAUGUCCCUUGUAGCUGUAGUGAAGAAGGGCAUGUAUGACCCCAAGACAGGCAAGAUCACAGACACCCUGAUGAAACAAAAGUUAGAAGUUGAUGAGGCAGUGAAGAGAGGCAUUGUGGAUCCUUUCAUCACUCUCUGCUUGGAUACAAAAGCCAACAAGUAUGUGACUCUAGAUGAAGCUUUAGACACUGAUCUGAUUGUUGCUCAGAAUGGGAAACUGAAGCACACAAAAAAGAACAAUUUUAUCACUUUUGACACAGCUGUGCAACAGGAACUUAUUGUCACCAAAAGAAAACCUGUUCCUCUCACAGAAGCAGUGGUGAGUGAUAUGUAUGAGCCCCAGAGUGGUCUGUUUUAUGAUCCAUGUGAGGGAACGGAGCUGACUUUGAAUUCGUCAAUAUCUUGCAAGCUUAUUGACGGAAGUACAUGCCGAGUUAAGGUGAAUGAGGAAUUGUAUACUGUGAGUGAUGCUCUUGACAAGACAAUCCUGGAUGGGGAAGCAGGCCAACUGCUGCAGCCAAGUGAAAUGAGUCUGGAUGAAGCAGUGAGGAGAGGCCACAUUAUCACUUCUAUUGGCUCACUGUCUCUGCAGCAGGUGUUGGAGGAUGGACUUUAUGAUCCUGAGACUGGCCUCAUCACUGUGAAUGAUGACCGUAUAACCAUUAAGGAAGCUAUUGAACAAAACAUCAUUGAUCCAUCAAGCAUGUCCGUGAAGGAUCCACGCACAGGAGAGCCACUUUCUCUAGAGGAGGCUAUCAGAGUUGGCAUACUUGAUCCAGACUCUGGCACAUUUAGGGAUCCUGUAACUGGAGCUGAUGUUGAACUGACUGAGGCAUUAGCAAAGGGCAUGAUAAUUGAAGGUCGCACUAAGUUUACCUUGUACCAGACAGUGACUAAGGGACUGUAUAAUCCCAGCACAGGCCGUAUCACUGCCCCCAACUCUCAGGAUCACAUGACGGUAAGUCGAGCAAUUCGUAGUGGCCUCGUCAACACCAAGACCACGCUUGCUCGUGAUCCUGACACUGAACAGCUCAUGAGCUUUAAGCAGGCUGUCUCCAGGGAACUGAUUGACAUAAAUGCAGGGGUAAUGAAGUUUGGUAGAAUCAAGAGAGUGAAUUUCAAAGAUGCUUUUGAGCAGGAUUAUCUUCUAGAUGCACAGAUGCCAAUGGCUCUCAGGGUAGUCAUUAUGAAGGAGUUGUAUUGUGAGGAGAGUGGAAGGUUUUUGAAUCCUGCCACAGGCAGCUGGAUAACUCUCUCAGAGGCUCUGUCUGUUCAAAUGAUUGACCCUGAUUCAACACACGUUAAGGACACACUGUCGGGACGUCUCAAGAAAGUGAACCUCAGAGAAGCUAUAGAAGCAAAUAUAAUUGAUGGAGAAACUGCACUUGUGAAGAACCAUCAAAGUGGAACCUGGCAUACAUUGUUAGAAGCAUAUGAACUAAUGCUGAUUGUGGACAGUCGAGUAGCCAUGUCCCUUCAGCGUGCCCUCCAUCAAGGCCUUGUUGAUGACGAGCAAGGCCUCAUCACAGAUGUCAACACAGGCCGAAAGAUAACGCUCCACGAAGCCAUGAGACGGUUGGUUAUCAACCCAAGCCUUCCCUGUUACCUGGACCACACCACCUCCUCUUGUCUUUCCCUCGUGCAGACCUGCAGGGAAGGUAUCAUUGAUCGCCGACUGGGCAAAUUCAUUGAUCCAAAAUCCGGCUGCACUCUGACUUUGAUGGAUGCCUUGGAACAUGGUAUGAUCCUUGACAUAGACAAGCCACAGGAUCUGCAUGCCGCAGUGACCAUGGGCUUCUGUGAUUCCAAAACAGGUCGCAUGAUCCAGCCUAACACUGGCCGCAGGCUGACUUUGGCCGAUGCUUGCAAGCAAAACAUUGUAGACCCAAGUAUUUCCAUCAUUAGGGCUGCUGAUAAGCCAAAAUUCAUGAAACUCAAUGCUGCUGUAAAAGAAGGAUUGAUUGAUGAUAUCAAAGGAAAGUACAUUAUGCCAGGCACUUCAGAAGAAAUCUCUCUUGAAGAAGCAGCCAAGCAGUCCCUUAUUCUUCCAUCCAAGAGACCACUGACUGUGGAAGAAGCCCUGCAGUACUGUCUGUACUCACCUGACACAGGCCGCUUCACAGAGCCAAGCAUUGGGGACAAGAUGGACUUGCAGGAAGCCAUUACACACAGCCUGAUUGACGGCAACACGUCUGCUCUCAAAAACCCAAGUGAUAAUUCCAUGAAGAGUAUUAGAUCUGCUAUAGAAGACAAAGAUAUUGAUGUUGCCAAAGGUGUUGUUAUUCAUCCUCAGACUAAGAAGGUUUAUACUAUUAAUAUAGCAUUUGAAAAGGGCCUCAUUGUGACAGUUGGCAAACCCAUCAGUUUCAUGCAGGCUGUCAAGCAAGGUUCCAUUGAUUUUGAGAAAGGAUCAUACACUGAUCCAGAAACAAGCAUCCAGUACACUCUGGAGGAAGCACUUCGCUUUGAGCUCAUUGACCCAGACUCUGCGGUCAUUAAAGAUCCCAACACUGGCCGAUACAAGACCUUGAAGAGAGCCAUACAAGAGGGUCUUGUUGACUUGAAGAAGCGAGCACUUUACGACCCACAGAGUGGAACCUUGAAAACAUUGUGCAUCAUUUUUGAUCAAGGCACAAUUGUAUUCCUUAGGGAGCCUCUGUCCUUCGAUGAGGCAAUUGAUAAGGGUCAUCUCAACACUGAAACUGGAAUGUAUACUGAUCCCAAUUCUAAAGAAAUUAUGACCAUAAAUGAGACGUGUCGCCUCGGCCUCAUUGAUCCCCAGACGGUGUUGAUCAAGAACACCCGGUACCGCCAGUUGCUGCAGCCAGCAGAGGCCUGUCAGGUGGGAGCUCUGGAGAACGAGAAGGGCAAGGUGUGCAACAUGGCCUCAAACCAAAUGCUGACCAUUGCUGCUGCCAUGGAUGCCGGCCUGAUCGUCACCCCACGUCGGGGCUUGGCACUGUUGGAAGCCCUCGACUAUAACCUUUAUGACACUGACAGUGGCCACCUGCUAAACCCUCACGUGAAGGAGCACGUGACAUUGAAGGAGGCCAUAGCGUGUGGGCUGAUUGACACCACCACAACUAUGGUGAAGUGUCCAGCCCAAGGCACCAUUCAGACCAUGUGUGAUGCAAUACGGAGCGGGGUGUUGGACGAGCAAGGUGGUGCCGUGGUGGACACGGCGCAGGGCACCCGCUAUCCACUGCCGGAGGCACGCCGCCUAGGUUACCUACUCACCGCGCAAGCGCGGCAAGCCAUGUUCGAAAAGUACCGGCAGUGCGAUGCCACCAUCGUCGAAAUGGUGGACAAGGUCAGUGAAAUCGAGAGGCGCCUGGCCGAGCAAGAGCCUGUCAGUGAAAAUCCCAACGGUCUUCGCAAUCAGAUUAACACUGUGAAGGCAAUUAAGGAUGAACUUGAUGAGAUGUUCCGCCCGCUCGGCACCUGCCUUGACGGCGUGCGGCAAGUGGUGAACCAAGGCGGUGACGUGCUGUCCCGUGAGGAGCUGACGUCCUUGGACCACGCCGCCACCUCACUCAAGCAGCGCUACGACCACUGCGUCGUCCAGGCCGACACCACCCACCGCCGACUCACCACUGCCAUGGAAGAAUUCUCUAAAUAUGAGAAGGAAAUCGCUCUUUUCGAGACAUGGCUGAAACAAGCCAACAAAACCUUGGUGGAGAAGGAAAGGCUUUGUUCGGACCUCAACAAGAUCAAGAACCACGAGCAGGGCUGCCGGGACUUCUUGGGUGAUGUCAUUGCUCAUCAGGCUGACCUGCGAUUUAUCACCAUGGCAACCCAGAAGUUCCUUGAUGAAUCCAGCCUCUACCUACGCACCGUCAACAACUUCCGCACCACCUUGCCUGAACGCUACCCUCUGCUCCAGGCUGAUCCAGACUCCAUGGUGCGCGAUGCUGCCGACGAAGUCUCAGCUGAGUUCAAGGGGCUCCUCGCCCGGGCCAACAAGCUGGUUGACAAGGCUACUAGCGUUGGAAACAAGCAGCGAGACUACACAGAGGCCAUAGAGAAAGCAUCUCGUUGGCUUAAGGACACUGAGGUAAAGAUAACACGCAUACUGCAAGAGCCUGUUGGUGCUGAGCCUAAGAUCGUACAAGACCAACUGGACAAAGCCAAGGUCAUUAAUAAUGAUGUGGUGGCUCAAUCUCGCCUCUUCGAUAAUUGCCGAGCCACUGCAACGUCCCUGCUGCGUGCCCUGGAGGGAGAACUGACACCCCAGGAGCAGGCAGCCAUCGAGCAGCCUCCUGAGGAACUGACCGAGAGGUAUGCUGAGCUGGCUGACCGUCUGGGCCAUCGCUGCCAAGAGCUGGACACCGCCCUCGUGCAGUGCCAGGGAGUGCAGGAGGGUCUUGACUCUCUCAUGAACUGGCUCAACAACAUCGACCUCCAGCUCAAGAGCGCCAGCAAGCCCGCCUCGCUGAACCGGGACCGCCUCGACGAACAGCUUCGGGAACACCGCCAGCUGCACGCCGACAUCAUGUCCCACCAGGUUUCCGUGGUGCGGAUAAACGACUCGGCCGAGGCCCUUCUCACCUCGGCCUCCAACGCCCGAGUCGCCAAGAAGAUCGAGACCAAACUGCGAGAGCUCAACACAAAAUUCGAGAAGGUGGUGGAGAAGUCGGAAACACGUGGCCAGCACCUGGAGAAUGUGUCGACCCAGCUGGAUGCCUUCACAGUCUCCGUUGAACACUUCGAGGAGUGGUACAUCGAGAUCGUGGAGAUCAUCGAGUCCCGGGAAGUCCUUGCUUUGGACAUUGAAAGCUAUGCCAGGAAGAUCGAUGAAAUCUCCCGUCAGCGAGAUUCUCGUUCUGAUGACUUCGAUGGCAUGGUCAGGACUGGCAAGGAACUUGUCACCAAGAAGGAUGUCACUGACACAGCACCUGUCAAAGACAAGAUUAAGAACUUGGAGGGACAAUGGAAGGAGCUGAAUGAUGUCCUUGAUGAACGUGCACGCAAUGGCAAGGAGCGCUCUGAGCAACUGCUGGCCUACGAACAGCUGCGUGACCGCUGCAUCCAGUGGCUCACUACCACAGAAAACAUGCUUGAUAAUGUCCAACCAGUUGGCUUGGAGCAAGAAAUUGUGAAAAAACAGACUGAAGAUCUCAAGCCAAUUCUGAAGGAGUACAGAGAGUAUGGCACCACCAUUGACAAGCUUAAUGAGCUGGGCAAUGCAUAUGAUGCUUUGUUGAGAGGAGAGCGGCCAGAGAGUCCCACCAGACGACGCUCUUCUGUCACCCCUGUCAAGCGUCCAUCCAUCACCUCGCCUCUUAAAUCGCCAGUGAGGCGAGUGUCACAAGACGCACGUGGUUCCUCACCAUCCCACAAGUUGAUGGGCUUCAAUGGCUCUGGUCCCAUGUCACCAAUCCCUGGAGGUUAUGCUAGCAGACGCACUUCACAGGAAGGAUUCCAUCUUGAUGACAUGAGUCCCAUCCAGAAGGAGCUGAUGCAGGUGAACAACCGUUAUGACAUGAUUGGCAUGCGCCUCACAGACCGCCAGAAUGAUCUUGAUUUGAUGAAGGAUGAGCUGAAGAAGUUGGCUGACAGCAUGCGCUCACUGACUCUAGUUCUGGACAAGGCAGAGCGCACCAUGCCCAGGGAAGUUGUGCCUACUACCAAAGAAGAAGCAGACAAAUACUGCAAACAGUGCAAGAAUGUACUGGAAGAUCUCCUUGAAAAGCAACCUGCUUUGGAUUCACUCAAGGUUCAGGUGGUUGAGCUGAUCAAGAAACGACCAACAGCACCUGGUGCACACAUUUUACAAGAUCAGGUGGAUCUCAUCAGUGAUCGCUUCAAAGAGCUCCAAGGCAGGCUGAAGGAUCGCCUGACAUUCCUGGACAGAACCAAAGAUUUCCUUGAUAGUUAUGAUUCUCUCAAUAACUGGCUCAACUCAAAGGAUCGAAUGAUGACUGUCCUUGGGCCCAUUGCCUCAGAUCCACGUAUGGUUCAGAUGCAAGCUCAGCAGGUCCAGGUAUUGAGGGAAGAAUUCCAGGGACAAGAGCCCAAACUUAGUGACCUCAAUGAUGCUGGAGACAACAUUAUUGCUGCUUGUGAACCAAACUCUAUGGCUGCUAAGAAGAUGAAUGACAAGUUGGACAGUAUAAAUAACAAGUGGACAGAACUCAUUGGGCAACUAGAUGCACGUGAUUCUGCUCUCAAUGCAGCUUCUAAUGCCAGCACUGACUUCUAUGACAAGUACAACAAAUUACAUGAUACCCUUCUGAAGCUGGGUGAUGACUUUGAUGAGGUGACAGCAUCUGGUGCAGAUUCUGCCAUGCAGAUUGAGGCUGUCAAUAACCUGGAAAAGGGUCUCCAGAAGGCUCGUGCUGACUUGAUUGACUUGGAGGGACUUGGGGAACAGUUGAUCUCAAUCCUCUCUGAUGCAUCAUCCAAGAGUGACAUUAAAGCAAAGAUAACACAACUCAACAGAAUGUUUAACAACCUUGAAAAGAAACUUGGGAACCGUAAGUCAGAACUGGAGGCAUCUCUUAAAGAUGAAGAAGAAUUUGGCCAGUCUUGUCAAGACAUACAGGAAUGGCUGUCAGACCAAGUUGCCCACCUUAAAGACCAGCUGCUAGUGUCUGCUGAUAGGGACAUUUUGGGACACCAGGUUUCAGACUUUGAGCCUAUUUAUAAAGACCUCAUGGCCAAAGAGCAUGAAGUGAUCAGGAUGAUUAAUAAGGGUAAGGAUAUUGUGGCAAAGUCUUCUCGCAAAGAUCUAAACCGCCAGUUGACAGCAACUCUGGAUGCCAUCAAGAAAGAGUGGGAUAAUGUUCGCAAGACUGCCGUGGACCGCCGCACAAGACUUCAAAAUUGCAUGGACACCUGUAAUAAGUUCCACACUCAACAAGACAGAUUCAAUCCUUGGCUAGACAAGGCUGAAGAAAAGGCAAGAUCUCUAGAACCCAUUGCAUUUGAAAAGAGAGCAAUUGACAAGCAAAUCAAAGAAAUUCAGUCCUUCAAAAAUGAAGUGUCCCGUCAUAGUGGAGAAUAUGAAAACAACAGAACAGCAGGUGACAAACUCAUCUCCUGCACUGAUAUUGAUCAUGAAGGUGUUCAUGAUGCCAUUGGCUUGAUGAAGGAACGCUGGGACCACCUCAAUGCCAUUGUGUUUGCUCGUGCACAGGAUCUUGAUGAUGUUGCUGCAAGAUUGGCUGACUUCAAUGAUAAGGCCAGGGAUCUUGAUCACACAUUGCAACGUUGUGGUGAUAAAUUGGCUUCUCUUGAUGCGCUCGCUGGGACAGGAAAAGAUGCCAAGUCCUUAGAAAGAAUGAAGGCUCUUCUUGAUGAAACAGAUGCACUUGGCAAGCAGGUUGAUCAGGUGAAGAAUAAGGGUGAAGAUUUAUGUGUGGCAGCCGAUUCUCUUGGCUCUGAUGCUAACCAUAUCCAGGAUGAAGUUGAGAGACUCUCAGACCGUUAUGGUGACUUGAGAGGAAAAUUAGAAGAGCGUUGUCAUGAUCUGGAGGAAGCUUCCCAGGCAGUGAAUCAGUUUGGUGCCCUUGUUAAGAAUGUUGGGCAAGAAUUAUCUGCUCUGGAUGAUGAGCUGGAUCGUAUGGCACCAGUUGGCAGGGACAUAAAGACUGUAACCAACCAGAUUGAUCAGCUUCAUAGCUUCAUGGCUAAGGUUGACAGCAAAGUUGAUGAAAUUAAUGAUGCCAAGGCUGCUCUGGAUGACCUGGUGAACCAAGGAUUCACAAAUGCUAAUAAUCGUACAGCUGAAGAUCAAAUCAAACAGCUUGAGAGGCAAUCCAAAAAGAUCCAGGAUAGAUGUGAUGCCCGCAACAAAGAUCUUGAUUCUGUUAUGAAGAAAUUAGAGAACUUCUAUGACAAAUACAACAAUGUUGUGGAUGAUAUCAAUGAAACAGACAAGGAAGGAGAAUCAUUCAAGCCUGUAGGUGCAGAUGUGGACACAAUUAUUGCUCAGCAAGAGGAAUUCAAACGAUUCAAAGGAAAGAAGAUUGAAGUUCUUGGGAAGCAGGUUGCUGAGUGCAACAAACUUGGACAGGGUCUCAUCCAGAGUGCUGCCUCUGGUGUUAACACACAGGCCUUGGAAAAUGACAUUGACAAAUUGAAUGAUAUGUGGAAUAAACUAAAGGAAAUGAUUGGUGAUCGAGAAAAGGCAUUGGAUAAGGGAUUAAUGCAGUCUGGUAAAUUCCAAGAUGCCCUUGAUAGCAUGUUGCAGUGGCUUGCAAACUUUGAAGAAAUGAUGGCUAAUCAAGCACCAAUAUCAGGAGAGUAUUCUGUCGUGAAAGCUCAGGCACAAGAACAAAAGUUCCUGAGAAAGAUGCUCUUGGACCGACAGAAUGAAAUGCAGGCUCUGCUCUCUAUGGGUCGUAAUCUUGCUGCAGAUCUUGAACCAUCAGAAAAGGCAGUCGUUGAAGGACAGUUGGAUGACCUGCUGAACCGCUUUGAUGAUGCUGGUGCACGAUCUCAAGAGCGUAUGGAAGCCCUAGAAGAGACACUUAAGGUUGCUAAGGAAUUCCAAAAUAAACUCAAUCCAAUUACAGAAUGGCUGGAUAGAACUGAAAAGAAACUAAAGGAAAUGAGUGUUGUACCAUCUGAUGAAGCCAAAAUACAGAAACUCUUGAAUGAGCAUGACAAUCUCCACGAUGAAAUUCUGGGUCAGAAGCCUGCCUUUGACGAUCUUACUGAUGUUGCCACUGCUCUCAUGAGUCUAAUUGGAGAUGAUGAAGCCAAUGCCUUGGCAGAUAAGUUGCAGGCCACCACUGACAGGUAUGGCCAGUUAGUGGAGGACUCAGAGGCUCUAGGCCGCCUUCUCCAGGAAUCCAAGGUUGGUCUGCGCCAUCUAGUACUGACAUAUGAAGAUCUUCUGUCCUGGAUGGAUGAGAUGGAAGCACGAUUGUCAAAGUAUCGUGUCUUGUCAGUGUUUGUAGAGAAAUUAUUGGAACAGAUGGAUGAAUUGACAGAUUUGGGUGAAGAAGUAGUAGCUCAUGAGAAGCAGGUAGGAGAAGUGAUGGAUGCUGGUUCACACCUCAUGAAACACAUCUCAAGUGAUGAAGCUCUUCAACUGAAAGACAAGCUUGAUUCCAUACACAGGCGUUACAAUGACCUGAGUGCUAAAGCCACUGACCUCCACAAGGCAGCAAAUGAGGCUCUGCCACUUGUUCAGCAGUUCCACAGUGCUCAUGAUCGCCUUGGGUCAUGGAUGCUGUCUGUUGAGGGUCAGCUGCAGAGCAUUGAUUCCUCUGGCCAGGUAAUGGAGGAAGAAAUUGAAAGAUUAGCCCAAGAGAUUCAAGAACACCGUCCAUUAGUAGAAGCUGUGAAUCUUGUUGGGCCACAACUGUGCCAAAUUUCCCCUGGAGAGGGAGCAUCAAACAUUGAAACAUUGGUCACUAGAGACAACAGAAGGUUUGAACAAAUUUGUGAGCAAAUUCAAAGAAGGAUGGAAAGAAUCCACAUGUCUAAGCAAAGGUCACAAGAAGUCACACAGGAUAUUGAUGAGCUGCUGGGCUGGUUCCGUGAGGUGGAGGGCCAGAUACGUGAAGCAGAGCCACCAAGUGUAGAUCCUGAAGAGAUACGCAUUCAGUUGAAGGAGCACAAAGCGCUGAAUGACGAUGUUGCAAGUCAGAAGGGCAGAGUGCGAGAUGUUUUGUCUAAUGCAAAGAAGGUCCUACGUGAAUCCCCUCACCAUGAAGACACAAGUGAGCUUAGAGAAAAAAUGGAUGAUCUAAAGGAGACUAUGGAACUGGUUUCCAAGUUGUCAUCAGACAGAUUAUCUACCCUAGAGCAAGCCCUACCACUGGCAGAGCACUUCUUUGAGACUCACCAUGAACUGGAUGACUGGCUUACUGCCAUGGAGAAUGAAGCAAUGGUAAUGGACACUCCUGCUCUUCGUGCUGAUCAGAUCAUUCGCCAAAUGGAGAAGAACAAGAACUUCCUUCAGUCUAUUGGAGACCACAAGCCACUCCUUGAUAAGCUCAAUAAAACUGGUGGUGCAUUGCUGAAGCUUGUGAAUAGUGAGGAUGGCCUCAAAAUCCAGGAACUUCUUGAGAGUGAUAAUGAGAGAUACAAUGCACUCAAAUACGCUCUUCGAGAAAGAAGUCAGGCCCUUGAGGACGCACUUCAAGAAACUAGUCAGUUCUCUGACAAACUUGAUGGAAUGCUUUCUGCACUUGCAGAGACAGCUGAUCAGGUCAAGAAUGCCGAGCCUAUUUCAGCUCACCCAGAGAAAAUCCAUGAACAGGUGCAAGAAAACAAUGGUAUUAUUGAUGACCUUGAAAGGAAAGAGUCUGCUUUUGCUGCUGUGAAGGCUGCUGCUGAAGAUGUCAUCAAUAAGGCCUCACGUAAUGAUCCUGCAGUCAAGGACAUUAAAUCAAAACUAGAUCGCCUUAACAAACUAUGGGACAUGGUGCAGAUGGCAACUACACAGCGAGGCCAGUCCCUUGAAGAUGCCCUUGCCAUGGCUGAAAAGUUCUGGGAUGAGCUGCAGAAUGUGAUGGCAGCAUUGAAGGACCUACAGGACACACUCAAAGCCCAAGAGCCAGUGGCAGUGGAACCUCAGGCCAUCAAACAACAACGUGAAGAACUGUCUCAGAUCAAGAACAAGAUUGACCAGACUAAACCAGAGGUGGAGCAGGUUCGCCAGACUGGACGCGAGUUAAUAACCCUCGUCGGAGAUGCUGAUAAGCCUGAGGUGAAGAAGAAUAUUGAAGAUCUUGACUAUGCCUGGGACAAUGUCACUGCUUUGUAUGCCAAGCGAGAAGAGAACCUGAUUGAUGCUAUGGAGAAGGCAAUGGAGUUCCAUGACACCUUGAGGAAUAUGCUGGAGUUCCUGGAAAAAGCAGAGGACAAGUUCAAUGGCAUGGGUGCCAUCGCCGGUGACAUCGAGGCUAUCAAGGGACAGAUCAAACAACUGCAGAAGUUCAAGGAUGAAGUUGAUCCUCACAUGGUGAAGGUGGAAGCCCUCAACAGGAGUCUGAGAAGACAAGCUCAAGAGUUAAGAGAGCGCACAUCACCAGACCAGGCAGCUGCCAUUAUGGAGCCACUGGGUGAAGUGAACCAUCGAUGGGAUGAACUACUGAAGGGCAUCGUUGAAAGACAGCGUAACCUGGAGUAUGCCCUGCUCAAGCUUGGCCAGUUCCAACAUGCUUUGAAGGAAUUAUUGGUCUGGAUUGAGCGCACUACAAAGACUGUGAGUGAUCUCAAGCCAGUGUUUGGUGACCCACAAGUUAUUGAAGUAGAAUUGGCAAAGUUGAAGGUCACCAUCAAUGACAUUCAAGCUCAUCAGUCCAGUGUUGACACUCUCAAUGAUGCAGGAAGGCAGCUUAUUGAAGCUGACAAAGGGUCUGAAGAUGCAUCAAACACCCAGCAGAAGCUCAGUGAGCUGAACAAGAAAUGGACUGAGCUGCAAGACAAGGCUAAUGGCAAGCAGAGUGACCUGGAGAAUGCCCUUCGAGAAGCCCAGAUAUUCAGUGCAGAAAUUCAAGAUCUCUUGCUUUGGCUUGGUGAUAUUGAUGCUGCAUUGUCAUCAUCAAAACCAGUUGGUGGACUUCCUGAGACUGCAAAGGAACAACUGCUUCGUUUUAUGGAAAUUUAUGAUGAUUUAGAGGAGAACCGUUCCAAGGUAGAGAGUACACUCCAACAAGGUCAAGAAUACCUGAAACGCUCAAGAGAGGGUGCUGCAACUAACCUCAAUCACAGCCUUCGCACUCUCAAACAACGCUGGGAGAGUGUCAUGAAUCGUGCCAAUGAUAAGAAAAUCAAGCUGGAAAUUGCAUUGAAAGAAGCUACUGAAUUCCAUGAUGCUCUGCAGGUAUUUGUUGAUUGGCUUACAGAGGCAGAGAAUCUAUUGAACAAUCAACAACCUGUAUCACGUGUUUUGGACAUUAUUCUUCAGCAAAUUGAGGAACAUAACAAUUUCAAGAAAGAUGUCACUGCACACAGAGAAGUAAUGCUUAGCUUAGACAAGAAAGGCACUCACCUUAAGUAUUUCAGCCAGAAGCAGGAUGUUAUCCUCAUCAAAAAUCUAUUGGUAUCAGUUCAGCAUCGUUGGGAGAAGGUUGUGUCUAAGGCUGCUGAAAGAACACGUGCCCUUGAUCUUGGCUUCAAAGAAGCAAAGGACUUCCAUGAAAACUGGAAUGAGCUUGUUACUUGGUUAGAUGAUGCAGAAACCUCUCUUGAUGACCUGGCUGCUAAUGUUGGUAAUGAUCCUGAGAAGAUCAAGGCUCAAAUUGCCAAACAUAAGGAGUUCCAGAGGGCCUUGGGAGCCAAACAGCCAUCAUAUGAUAGUACCAUGAAACAAGGUAAAGGACUCCAAAACAAAGCUCCAAAAACUGAUGAAGAAACAUUGAAGCAGAUGUUAACUGACCUAAAGAACAAAUGGAAUAGUGUGUGUCAGAAGAGUGUUGACCGUCAGAGGAAGUUGGAGGAGGCCUUGCUGUUUACUGGGCAAUUCAAAGAUGCCACUCAGGCUCUCCUGGACUGGCUGAAGAAGGUUGAAAUGGGACUGGUUGAUGAUGGUCCUGUUCAUGGAGAUCUGGAUACAGUAAUGGCUCUUGUUGAACAACAUAAAGCCUUCUGUGCAGAAAUGAAGAACCGCUCUGUUCAGGUUGACAGCGUGCGUCGCACAGCUGAUGAACUCUUGGUUAAAGCCAGUGCAGAAGAUGCCAGCAUUAUUCAGACACAGGUUACUGAGCUUGUUACUUCUUGGGAGAGGGUUGAAAGGGCAACAGACAUUCGUACCAAACGCCUGGAAGAAGCAUUGCAGGCUGCAGAACAGUUGCACAAGGUGGUACACAUGCUCCUCGACUGGCUGUCAGAUGCAGAAAUGAAACUCAGGUAUGCUGGGCCUCUGCCUGACAGUGAAGAUGACACCAGGAAACAAAUUGCAGAACAUGAGGCCUUCAUGGCUGAACUGAAUCAAAAAGAAAGGGAAAAGGAUGAUACAAUUGCUUUAGCAGAAGACAUUCUUGCUAAGGCCCAUCCAGAUGGUGUGGCAACCAUCAAACACUGGAUCACUAUCAUCCAGUCUCGGUGGGAGGAGGUGAUGGCUUGGGCCAGGCAAAGGGAGACCAGAUUAUCAGACCACCUCAGGAGUCUCCGGGAUCUGGCUGGCCUGCUGGAUGAACUCAUGCGCUGGCUUGUCCAGGCUGAGAACAAUUUGACUGUGCUGGAGGCUGAACCACUGCCAGAUGACAUCCCUGCCAUUGAGGGACUCAUUGCUGAUCACAAGGAAUUCAUGGAUGAGAUGCAGAAGAAAGAGCCUGACGUGCUCAGCAUAUGUAAACCAUCCAAGCCACGUCCAUCACUGUCUCAGCCAAACAAGAAACGCUCAAGGACAUCUCUUGGUCGGGAGAGUGUGAGCCCAGGAAGAGAAUCUUCACCAGAUUAUGAUUACCCAUCACGCCGGUCCAGUCGUAUCAGCCCUGACCGAGAAUCCUCUCCAGGACCUAAAUCUCGAAAGUCCAGCCGCUCAUCACCAGCACGUGAGGUCACACCCACUCGUGAAUACCCUCGACCCUGGAUGUAUGGAGCAAGAACCACACCCCCACGAGAGACUUCCCCUGGAGCUGACCGAGAAAGUGACUGGCCUCUUGGCAACUUACGCUUUGUCACGUCCACACCAACACCCUCCUCUGUGGGCACUCCUGCAGCAGGUGGAAGGAAAAGCAGCAAAGCCAGUGUACGGGAGGAACCUCAAAUCAAGAAUCCUCAAGCUCGAGCACUGUGGGAGAAGUGGCAACACGUGGGUUUCAUGGCCUGGGAACGCAUGCGUCGCCUGCAUGACAAGUUGAACUACUUGCAUGAAUUGGAGAAACUGAAGAACUUCUCAUGGGAGGAAUGGAGAAAGAGGUUUAUGAAGUUCAUGAAUCACAAGAAGUCAAGAGUGACUGAUCUCUUCCGUAAAAUGGAUGCUGACAAUGAUGGAGCAGUUCCCCGGGACGACUUCAUUGAUGGCAUCCUGAAAACAAAGUUCCCAACCAGUCGCUUGGAAAUGGGUACAGUGGCUGACAUAUUUGACCGCAACCAAGAUGGAUACAUUGACUACCAGGAGUUCAUUGCUGCACUGCGACCUGAUUGGGAGCGUAAGGGACCACUGACAGAUGCAGAGUUGAUAGAGGAUGAAGUACAGAAGCAAGUUUCCAAGUGUACUUGCCGACAGAAGUUCAGGGUUCACCAAGUGGGAGAAGGCAAAUACAGGUUUGGAGACAGCCAAAAGCUACGCCUGGUUCGUAUUUUACGCUCCACUGUGAUGGUGCGAGUUGGAGGUGGAUGGGUGGCUCUUGAUGAAUUCCUCGUCAAAAAUGAUCCAUGCCGAGUGUGUCCAUCCAUACCUGAGCUAGAGCAGGUUGGAGAUUUGGAACUUCAUGAGCAUGGGUGUCCUUUGAGGGGCAAGACGUCACCCGCUGGAUCCUGCCGUAGCUCCUCCAAGGGUCGCACCAAUGUGGAGUUACGUGAGCAGUUCAUCCUAGCAGAGGGCGUGUCUCAGAGCAUGACUCCAUUCAAGUCCAAGCCUAGCCCCAACAGUUCAGUGUCAAGUCAAUCUGGCACUACAGCCCAGCAGCGAUCCCAGUCCCUCCCCAACUCUGGGCCCAUUAUCAAGGUUCGUGAGAGAACAGCCAAAAGCUCGGCAAUGGGCCGAGCCUCCUUCAGUGCUGGCACACCCGACUCUUCCUUCAGCGAAGAAGGAGGCUCAUCUGGAUUCCACCUACAUGGCAAACGCAAGGCCUCUGCCCCAGUUACUUCUCGCUCAUCAUAUAAUACAUCAGGUGAAAGUCAACCUGGCAGUCGUGGAGGGAGCCGUCCCCAGUCCAGAGGCCCAGGGUCCCGUCCAGGCUCACGGCCUCCAAGUCGUGCUGGCUCAGAAGUGUCUCUUGAUUCCAAUGAUGGUGGUCGAACACCAAUGAGACGCACACCGUCCUUCACUGGUCGGACCCGCACACCAUCUAGUCAGUCUUCUGGAGUCCAACGGUCAUCCUCUCUCAGAAAGGCCUCAGCCCCUGUCAAGUCCUCUACUGAUACUGUCAACGGUACAGGGACACGUACCAUUUCCGUCUCUUCCAGGUCACGUAGCAUGACAAGAACUACCUCUGCAUCCAGUAUUCCAGUUGCUGUGGCAGCCUCAAGGUUAUAUUCACCGACUCUCUCCAGUCGAUUGAAAGAGGCAGGAAUUAGGACCAAAAUCCCGGUUCUUGCGGGUCCUGCCUCUGAUUGGGAACGGACUAACCUCUCUGGCUCGGCCUCUAACCUGAGUGUUGCAGGAACCCCUCUCAGGUCCAGAACAUCAUCAACAACUAGUCUUAACUCCAAUCAUUCCACCAGCAAAAUUCCAACACUGAGACCAAAAACUUCUGGUACACACAUCACACCCAAGACUUCUACCACAAGGACUCGGACUCCUUCCGGUUCCAGCAGCACAGGUGGAACUACUAAGAUCAUCCGCAAGGGUUCUGGAGCAUCCGACACUCCGACUGGCGUUGCCAGAAAGACUGGAAUUAUGGAACCUAAGCGUAGGGUAUAGAAAGUUCUAUACAUGAAAGGUUGUGGCAUAAACAUAAAUGCAGGAUAUAUUAUUUUGUAUGUUGCAAUACAUCCUGAAGUGCAUAUAAUUUGUUAAUUGAAGUUGCUUUCCAAUUAAUUUGAGGUCUGAAAUUAUUUUCAAGUUAACUUAAGUUCUCUAAUUGUGAGCAGUGGUGUACUGGUCACUAUUGGAAUAUGUGCACUGGCAGGUGUUCACUUGUCCAGCACAUCAUUUGGAACAAAGCUUUAAAACUUUAACCACUAGGAAAUCUGACCAUAAAUUUCCUCUUCUGACACAUUGCAUACAUCUUGUGUGAAGUCUUUUGCAUUUUUCUUGUUUUUGUAAAAUACCUAUUUCCAUAAAUUUGCUAGCAUUUGUGAUACUAUGACAGGAUAAGUCCUGUUGCCUAACAAUAUGACAGGUUUGACAUAGUGGCUAACUAGUUUAGUAUUUCAUUGUUAAAUGCCGAUUCUCGGUUCAGCAGUCAAGUACUCUGGUUUCAGUAUGUCAAGUGUGGUCAUAUAAGUGAUAUCUCUAUAUACAUAAAAAAAAAAUAUAUAUAUAUAUAUAUAUAUAUAUAUAUAUAUAUAUAUAUAUAUAUAUAUAUAUAUAUAUAUAUAUAUAUAUAUAUAUAUAUAUAUAUAUAGGGUAGUGCAAGCCCAUUUUCAAAUUUCUCAGCCAUUCCACUCAACAUAUCUUGCAUGCUUUGAAGUAGGUUGUUUAUGUGCAAGUCUUUAAAGACAGAUCAUUCUUAUUUUAUUGUUUGGCAGAACACAAGAUUUUGAUAUUGCAAAAUGUCACGUCUUGCACAGUUUAUUCAUUUUUAUAUAUUUUUUUACAUCUAACUGUUGAACCAGAAAAGCUCAAGCUAGCAAAUAUAUUCACUCCACUGGUUCAUAGAUUAAGGCAGUUUUCAUGUACUCACAAUAAUUAACGCUUUACAUCUAACUACUGUCCAUGUGCUUGUCAUGCAAGCCUUAAUGGGGUAUGAUAGGUUGCCAAACUGCCUUUUUUUUCACUGCUCCAAAUUCAACAGGAGUUCAAUGGUGCUUAAUAGUCUAUAGAAUUUGUACUAAGCAAAUUAUACUGGUACUUGAAAUUAUUAAACACGCUCCUCAGUGGUUCUAAUUUGUGCUACUAAUCGACAUACCAAGAAAAUCAGUUAUGCUGAAUAAUAAAUAUCACAGGUUUUCUUUGUAGUGUAAGGCCUGUAGCUGCCAUAUAAGUCACACAGACAAUUUCAAAUAAAUGAAAGUGCAGGUAAUCAUUCCCAAAUAUAUUACACAGGCAAUAUUUUUUCCCUGGAAUACCAAUGGGGACACAAGAAGAGUUUGGGUGGUUCUAAGAUUCAAAUUUAAACUGCACUGAAGGAUGAUAUGAGGGAGACAUGCUGGUUCCGGGUUAUAAAGAAAGUACCACCAUCAACUUUCAGGGUGUGUCUCCUUGGUAUAAUCACUUGGUGCAGUUUAUCUACUUUUAUCAUCUUUUUAUCAUCUUCAGUUACAAUACAUUUUUUCUUUGCUAUCUUACGUUGUAUUUGUUUGUAUAAAAACCUUAGCUUUCAUGCUUUGUUAUAAGUUGUAAAUAAUAUAAUAUAGGAGCCCAUUGAAAGAUUUAAUUAUAGGGCACAAGGUAAAGUUCAUAAUUUAAUAAAAAAAUCUGAUGUACUAAAGUUUUUUUUUGUUAAAUAUAUUGUACUAGACCAAUUGUUAUAGAAUAUUUUUUGUAUUUAAACAGCCUAUGAUUAAACUAAUGCUUAUAAUAAAUAAGUAACUUAA